GUUGUUGGUCCCUCCCCUUUAGAUCUACAGUUGUAAGCUGGGAGGAACCAACAUGUAGUGAAGUGCAGGAGCUGACGGGCCUCAUUCACUGCAGAAACAUGCUCUAUAGAUCACAGCUCAAACUACUUUCAUUUCCUAGAAAGUGAAACUCAGACAGGCGUUGUCUCUGAGAGCAGAAAUGGCGCAGCAAGGAGUUCAGCUGGACCGGGAAACUUUCUCUUGUUCGAUCUGUCUGGAUCUCCUGAAGGAUCCGGUGGCUAUUCCCUGUGGACACAGCUACUGCAUGAACUGUAUUAAAGAGUUCUGGGAUGGAGAGGAUGAGAAGAAAAUCUACAGCUGUCCUCAGUGUAGGGAGACCUUCACACAGAGGCCUGUUGUUGUCAAAAACACCAUGUUAGCAGUUAUAGUGGAAGAGCUGAAGAAGACUGGACUCCAGGCUGCUCCUGCUGAUCACUGCUAUGCUGGACCUGAAGAUGUGGCCUGUGAUGUCUGCACUGGGAGAAAACUGAAAGCGGUCAAGUCCUGUCUGGUGUGUCUGGUCUCUUACUGUGAUCAACACCUUUAUUUCCAUAAUGAUGUGGCUCCAUUCAAGAAACACAAGCUGGUGGAGCCCUCCAAGAAUCUCCAGGAGAACAUCUGCUCUCGUCAUGAUGAGGUGAUGAAGAUGUUCUGCCGUACUGAUCAGCAGUGUAUCUGUUAUCUCUGCUCUGUGGAUGAACAUAAAGGCCACGACACAGUCUCAGCUGCAGCAGAAAGGACUGAGAGGCAGAAAGAGCUCGAGGGGAGUCGAGAAGACAUCCAGCAGAGAAUCCAGGACAGAGAGAAAGAUGUGAAGCUGCUUCAAUGGGAGGUGGAGGCCAUCAAUCUCUCUGCUGAUAAAGUAGUGGGGGACAGCAAGAAGAUCUUCACUGAGCUGAUCCGUCUCAUGGAGAAAAGAAGCUCUGAUGUGGAGCAGAUGGUCCGAGUUCAGCAGAAAAGUGAAGUGAGUCGAGUCAAAGAGCUUCAGGAGAAGCUGGAGCAGGAGAUCACUGAGCUGAAGAGGAAAGACGCUGAGAUGAAGAAGCUCUCAGACAUAGAGGAUCACAACCAGUUUCUCCACAACUACUCCUCACUGUCACCACUAGUGAAUCUACAGACUCCCCCAGCAAAGAUCUCCGUCCUCUGCGCUACUUUGAGGAUGUGACAGCGGCCGUGUCAGAAGCCAGAGAUAAACUACAGGAGCUUCUAAAUGAGAAAUGGACAAAUAUCUC